AUUGGAUGGUUAACUUGAAAUAGUAUAUAAUUUCCACAAACUAGUUCCAAAAUUUUCACCAAUGUUGGCAGGCUUCUCUUUGUGUGAAUUAUUAAGUCACUUGUGUGUUAUUUGAAUUCUGCUGAUUUUUAAAUUCUUGAUGCCCCUGUAAAUGGGUGCCAUUUUCCUGGUUGAAGGUUGCACUGGCUUGGUUUUAUCCUUUUUCUUUUUGGACAGUCUGGUGAUAUAUUUGUAAAGUUUACUGGUGGUUUUGGAGGUCAUAGAAAAAUAUGAAAAAGAAGAUCCUAAAUAGUUUUUUAUUAAUUCGGCUGUCCAAAAAGUUUGUGAACACAGUAUCUGUGCUUUUUAAAAGGACUUGUGAAGAAACCACAAAGUUUAAAAAUGGGCUUAUGUCCUUGGUGUCAUGCUGCCUUUUGAUUUCCCAUUGGGUGAAGUUUUUAUGAUUUGUUUAUGGAAAAAAUAGGUUUUUGUUUGAACUCCUGGUUAAUGAUAAGCAUAACCAUUUAAGCAAUAAGUUUUUUGCUUACCUUUUGAACCCCUCCUCCGCACCACCAGGUGUCUCUUGUACGAUCACCUUCCAAGACAACACCAAACCAGUGCACUCUUCAAAAUAAGCCUUGUACAAACAAUCAUCAGCUCAAGAGUGAGGCGUGCAUUCAUAUUCACUGUAUUUAAUGCUUGUUUGUCUAUGUGACUGUUCCGUCUUCGCCUUUAAUAAAGGAUCCAACUCUGCUUCCCAUCAUCCCGCCAUAACAGUGUCGACGCCUAUGCUGGACAAGAUUCACAAAUCCGACGACACAACUCCGGACGUCUCGAGUCACUCCCGUUCCUCCUCCAAGAAAUCAAACCAUAGCAUACACAGUUUACACCUCCCUGACUCAAAUGACCCCUGGAUUCGCCAGAGCACCUCCUCUCUCUUGCAAGGUCUAGGGGGGAAGAUGAAGCGCCAGAGCAUCGAUGUGAAGAGCGGCAACAUACUCAUUAAGGAUCUGGUCUGUUACUUGUCGUUGCUGGAAGCCGGGAGGCCAGAGGACAAAUUAGAAUUUAUGUUCAGGUUAUAUGAUACAGAUGGCAAUGGUCUGCUGGAUGCUACAGAGUUGGACUGUAUAGUUAAUCAGAUGAUGACUGUGGCGGAAUAUCUCGGCUGGGAUGUGACUGAACUUAGGCCCAUAUUAAAGGACAUGAUGGUAGAGAUUGACUAUGACAAUGAUGGCACUGUGUCACUGGAGGAGUGGAAACGCGGCGGAAUGACGACCAUACCCUUACUAGUACUGCUGGGAUUAGAUACUAAUGUUAAAGAUGACGGGCAGCAUGUGUGGAGGUUGAAACAUUUUAACAAACCAGCUUACUGCAACCUUUGCCUCAAUCUCCUGGUGGGACUGGGAAAACAAGGGCUAAGCUGUACAUUUUGUAAAUACACUGUUCACGAACGUUGUGUUCACCGAGCACCGGCGUCAUGCAUUACUACAUAUGUCAAAUCAAAAAAGACACCUCAGGCCAUGCUUCAUCACUGGGUGGAGGGGAACUGCCCUGGGAAAUGUGACCGCUGCAAGAAGUCUAUCAAAACUUACAAUGGAGUCACAGGAUUACAUUGUCGUUGGUGCCAAUUAAAUCUUCAUAACAAGUGCGCCUCCCAGGUGAAACCUGAUUGUGAUAUGGGAGAAUUCAAGGACCACAUCCUCCCUCCCACAUCUAUAUGUCCUGCAGUGCUG